GUUUUCCGGGCUCAGAGCUCCCCUUUGCCUCCCCGUAUCACGAAGGCGGAGGCUCGCUUUCACUAGAGAUGGCUGGCUUAACCUCCACAGACGUCAGUCUGCAGAGGGAAGAUGGAGCCUCUUUGCCUCUGGGGGAAAUGGAGGACUCUCUGCUGUUUGACGUAAAAGGCGAAUGUGAGAAGGGACGACGGCGUAGCUCGCCAGCCCGCUCUCGUGUCAAGCAGGGUCGCAGCAGCAGUUUUCCUGGGAGGAGACGGCCUCGGGGAGGGUCUCACACGGGCCGAGGGCGGGGCCGAUCACGUUUGAAAUCCACCACUUCUUCCAUCGAGACACUGGCGCUGGCCGACAUUGACAGCUCCCCGAGCAAAGAGGAGGAAGAUGAUGACGACGACACAAUGCAAAACACAGUGGUGCUCUUUUCCAACACAGACAAGUUUGUGCUAAUGCAGGACAUGUGCGUUGUGUGUGGCAGUUUUGGCCGUGGUGCCGAGGGCCAUCUCCUGGCUUGUUCCCAGUGUUCCCAGUGUUACCAUCCUUACUGUGUAAACAGCAAGAUUACAAAGGUGAUGUUGCUCAAGGGUUGGCGUUGUGUGGAAUGCAUUGUGUGCGAGGUGUGUGGCAAAGCAUCCGAUCCCUCCCGCCUUCUGCUCUGCGAUGAUUGUGACAUCAGCUACCACACAUAUUGCCUGGAUCCACCUCUCAACACCGUGCCCAAGGGCGGCUGGAAAUGCAAAUGGUGCGUGUGUUGUGUGCAGUGUGGAGCAGUUUCACCUGGCUUCCACUGUGAAUGGCAGAGCAAUUACACCCAUUGUGCUCCCUGUGCCAGUCUUGUCACUUGUCCCAUCUGCCAUGUGAAGUACGUUGAGGAUGACCUCUUAAUUCAGUGUCAGCAUUGUGAACGGUGGAUGCACGCCGUAUGUGACAACCUUUUCAGCGAGGAAGAAGUAGAGCAGGCAGCAGACGAGGGGUUCGAUUGCACUUCAUGCCAGCCAUAUGUAGUCAAGCCUGUGGUUCCCGUUCCCCCUCCAGAAAUUAUCCCAGUGAAGAUCAAGGAACCAGAACCCCAGUAUUUUCGCUUUGAAGGUGUUUGGUUAACGGAGACAGGCAUGGCGGUGCUACGUAACUUGUCUUUGUCGCCACUGCAUAAGCGUCGGCCGCGCAAAACCACACCAAUGGCACCAAUGAUGCCACGGCCAGGCGUUCUUAACGGGGAAGGUGGACUGGAUUGCAUUGGCUCUCUGGGUGCAGAUGAAAAAAAGGACGGUGAUGUGGAGGCAGAUGAAAUCCUGAAAGCUGAAGGUUCCGUUGAACACAUGGAGUGUGAGAUCAAAUUGGAAGCCCCGCCUACUCCAGACAGGAUAGCUGCAGCCGAGGCUGAAAUGGGAAAAGGCCUUUUGGAAGACUCUGAGGAGGUCAAGAAGAGGAAGCGGAAGCCCUAUCGCCCAGGUAUUGGAGGUUUCAUGGUGCGACAGCGGAAGUCACACACACGCUUGAAAAAGGGCUCAGUGGUCUUGGCUGAAAUCUCUCGGGAGCUGACAACUGCUGAAGGGCAACUGGAAGAAGGGGUGCAACCUAACCCACCUGCUGAAAAUCCUGCUGAGACCUUGGCUGAACAGGGAGUGGUUGAAGCUGAUGAAAAGAAGAAACGGCGGGGGCGGAAGAAGAGCAAGCUAGAAGACAUGUUCCCUGCCUAUCUUCAGGAAGCAUUUUUUGGCAAAGCACUCCUAGACCUGAGCAGACAGGCUCUGUUGGCUGCUGGUGGUGUGGGUGGAGAUGGAACUGCCCAUCCUCCUGUCGGCCAGGGAGCUCCCAGGCCCAAGAUGGAUUCCAUCAGGCUCCAAAAAGGGCCGGAGGAUGGAAAGGCAGCUACAGUUCAGCCGAAAGGGGAUGAAUGCCUUAGUAGCAGAGAAGCAGCAGCUCCUGAAAGCAACGUGAAAGCAGCUGAUGCCAAGACUGAGAAUACUGGCACAGAAGAGCAGAUGGUACCCAAGACCUCUCCAGAACCUACAGGUGCCGAGAACCCAGCCACACCCCCGGGGGAGGGGGUGCUCAGCUCCGACCUUGACAAAAUCCCCACCGAAGAGUUGCCGAAAAUGGAGAGCAAGGAUGUUCAGCAGCUCUUCAAAGACGUCCUGGGUUCCACUGAACGAGAACAGCAGCUGAAUUCUGUUGGGGUGGAUGGUGAGGCCAGAGGCAUGCGUGAUCCGAACUGCUCCCAGCUUGCCCAAAGGCCUUUUCUUCAAGCUGGUGGUACAUCUCUUGGGCCCCUGCAGCCUGCCGUGCCCAUGGAGACUUACUCUGGAGUUUGCCAGUCCCCAUUCCUUGAUAAUAAGGAGAGGAGUGGCUUCUUCAGCCCCGAGCAGUGUGAGCCCGAGAGUCCUUGGGCCAGUAGCUCUGCAGCUUCCACACCAACUACACCCACCACAGAGGGGGAAAGUGAUGGACUCUCCUAUAACCAGCGGAGCCUGCAACGUUGGGAGAAGGAUGAGGAACUGGGAGAGCUUUCUACCAUCUCACCUGUCCUUUAUGCCAACAUGAAUUUCCCCAGCCUGAAGCAGGAUUAUCCAGACUGGUCUAGCCGUUGCAAGCAGAUCAUGAAGCUUUGGCGAAAGGUGCCAGCUCCAGACAAAGCCCCAUAUUUGCAAAAGGCCAAAGAUAAUCGGGCAGCCCAUCGCAUCAACAAGGUGCAGAAGCAAGCUGAGAGCCAGAUCAGCAAACAAACCAAAGUGGAGGUGCUGCGAAGGCCUGAGCGCCCCACACUGCAUCUGCGCAUACCGUCCCAGCCGGGGGUGCUGCCUGGCGCCCCUCAGCCAUUGCCGCCUCCUUCCUCUGCUGCUUCAGCCUCGGGACAGCCCCUCUAUAUUAAUCACGCUGCAGCUCUGCCAAGUGGGCCGGGUAUUGAGUCGCCCAGCGAGCUCUUCCUUAAGCUUCCCUCUUCUGCCACCAGUGCCCAGCCCCCAGUGCAAGUGCCUUUGCACGAGCCCUACGGCAUGGCCUCUGCUUGCCCCCCACCAGAUCCAGGUUUUCCUUCCCCCUCCUUGGUGGGCCAGAGUCCUACAGUGCCUAGCGGCUUUGUCUCUUCCUCUUCUGCCUCCUCUGGACAAUCUCCGCUCCUACCAAACCCUCGUCUGGUCCCACAAGCUGGAGAGUUGCAGCCCACCCCGCCUGGGACCCCAAGGCAUCAGCCCUCCACGCCGGACCCCUUCCUGAAGCCCCGCUGCCCUACUGGAUCCUUGGAAAACUUGACUGUGCCUGGAAGCCCUCAGCGAGCUGCGCUUCUGCUUUCCCCCCCACCCUUUGGGGAGCCGCAAAAAAAAGGGCUGGAUAUCAAGAAGGAAGAGACCGGUCCAGGGAUCGGCUCUCCUAGUUACAGCUCCAGCUAUAGUAACUCCCCUUCCAGUGCUCUCCCCUCCAAUGAAAUGAAGGCCCCGGAUGUUUUUAAAGCCCCGCUCACCCCCCGCCAGUCUCAGGUGGAGCCACAAAGCCCGGGCUUAGGGCAUCGGCCCCCAGAUUCUCACCCUCUGUCUGCUUCCCCGCCCAGCCAGGCUGAUCUCUACAGGCAGUCGCCUUACCCAGAUCCCUAUGCCCAGCCCCCACUGACCCCGAGGCCUCAACCCCAACCCCCGGAGGCCUGCUGUGUUUUGCCUCCCCGUUCAUUGCCUUCGGAUCCCUUCUCACGCAUACCUGCCAGCCCACAGUCUCAGUCAAGCUCCCAGUCCCCUCUCACUCCCCGUCCUCUCUCUACUGAAGCCUUCUGCCAGUCUCCCGUCACGCCUCGUUUUCAGUCCCCUGACCCCUACUCCCGACCCCCCUCCAGGCCCCAGUCCCGGGACCCCUUUGCCCCCCUGCACAAACCUCCCCGUGCUCAAAUUCCAGACACUGGCUUCAAGCCGAUGCCCGUCUCCCACAAUACCUUGGCAGUUGGGAAUUUUUCAGCAGUGCCACCCUCAUCUGAGUCCCACCCAAAGACCAACCAGCAGUCUCAGUUUAUUCGUUCCCCUGGUGCCAGCGUCUUUCCCAGUGCUCAGCCGCAGAUGCGGUUCACCUUCCCUCCCAAUGAGCCCGUCAAGAACUCUCCUUCCCAUGGGGUCAACAGCCAUUUUACUCCUGGCAAACCUCAAAGCACAAGCUACGUUUCGUCACCGGGCUUCCACCAGGCUGGGAGCCCUCUGGGCCCAAGCAAGAACACCCCAGACUCUUACACGAUCUCCCCGUUGCGACCUCCAUCGGUGCUGCCCCAGCAGCCACCUUCACAGCAAGAUGGCGCUUUGUCCUUUCUGCCACGAGGAGGCAUGCCUUCAAGUGACAAGAGGGAGGAGGGGGCAAUAGGACCCCCCAGUAGAGAGCUGCAAGAACUGACAACUGGCCAGGAGGGGUCCGUUGGCAGCAACGCUACCCAGACAGAGAUGGAAAAACAGCGCCAGCGUCAGAGGCUCCGGGAGUUACUUAUCCGUCAGCAGAUCCAGAGGAACAACUUGAGGCAAGAAAAAGAGAGUGCAGCAGCUGCAGCCACCAAUGUUCAGUCCUCCUGGAAUGCUGAGGGCACCGGACCAGCCUUUGAGCAGAUCAGCCGCAGCAUGACUCCUUACCCAUCAGCACAGGACAAGGGACUACUUGGCAGCCUGGGGAGCACUCCAGGAGGCAGCAAGCUGCCCAGCGGUGUGAUGGUACAGGCACCCUACAUGCACGAUGAACGACUGGCUCGGCCACCUCCAGCAGCAACACCCUCUGCCAUGGACAUCAAUGGCAGGCCAUCGGUGACAGCAGCGGCCCAGCCCUUUUAUGCCCGCAGUGUCUUCCAAACACCACCUACACAGCAGCAGAUGUGGCAGCAGCAGCAGCAGCAGCAAGCAGCAUCCAUGCGUCUCCCGAUCUCUUCACGUUUUCCCCAGCCCCCCACCCAAGACCUAAGCCGGCAGACUUUGGGAGGCCUGGCUCCACGCCUGCCCGGUCCUGGUGAACAGUUUCAGAGUUCCUCUGGCCCACUGGGAGCCCAGUUCAUUGAGUUGCGGCACAAUAUCCCAAAGGGAGUGCUAGGAAGUGGAGCUGGCUCUCCCUUUGUGCAACAGAAUCUGCAGGCUCGACCCAGAUUCUUCCUGCCUGGGAAUGACAGCACCAAUCAGGCUUUGAAAGCUUCUGUUAUGCCUGUGCAGGUCUCUGUCCUGGGAAACCAAGGCUUACAUACACAGAAAAUCCCUAUGUCCUCCUCUCUUCAGGGUUCAGAGAUGAGCAAUAAUCACCACUCUCAUGCCAAGGCUAUUCCCCAGUUGAUACUGCCCCCUGGUAACAUGGAGGUGCGACACAUCGCAGCUCGAACGCCCUCUUCAUCUGUCUCUAAAGAUGUACCCCUCACCUCAGCUAACAUUGAUUCUACCCCAGCCGCUGGCAAGAAUCAGCUAAGUCUGGUCAGUAGGCCAUUAGCUUGCGAGGUCCCGGUGGAACCCGAUUUAGAUGAUGAUUUUGAUUCUCACAAGGAUCUUGUUGAAGAUGAUGAUGACUUGGCCAACCUAAGCCUUGAUCCAGAUGUUGCCAAGGGUGACGAUGAUCUUGACAACCUGGAUAACCUGGAAACCAAUGACCCGCACCUUGAUGAUCUAUUAAAUGGGGAUGAGUUUGAUUUGCUAGCAUAUACAGACCCAGAGCUGGAUACUGGAGAUAAGAAGGAUAUCUUCAACGAGCAUCUGCGGUUGGUGGAAUCUGCCAACGAAAAGGCUGAACGUGAGGAUCAGCUUAAAAAAGAGCCCUCCGUAAGUCCCUACCUCAAGGAUACUCCUGUUGGGGUUGGCAAGCCAGAUGAACCGAAGGCACUAUUAAUGCCCCGAGAUCAUGUUCCCAAAGUGAAAGAGGGACUUGGACUUCUUCAGGUUCCCUGUUCAUCUUCUGCAAGGGUCUCUCCAUCUCCCCUCCUUGCAUCUUUCAAAGCCCAAAGUGACAUGCUGGACAACAAAAUGGUUAGCCUGCCAGCUGAUAUCAAACCCAAGUUAGAGGAAGGGUGUUUAAAGUCCUCACCUUGCCAGUUUAAUACUAGCACUGUAGAGAAGCCUCCUGUGAAAUCUGAAGGAGCAGAGAAAAUGAUUGCUACCUUAGGAGUAAACAUAAAAACCAACCAGAAUCUCAUGGGUCCUGGUGGAGUGCAACUUGGCAUGCCUCAGUUCCACAACAACAGUCACCCUCCCAUAUCAGAUAAGGUCCUCUACAGCACCCAAACUCGUCCAUCACUUAUUCCUGUCUCAGUGCCCAACAACACUAAUUCCAUCCUGGAAAAGUUUGAGCUAGAUGGAGGACCCUUGAGUCUGAGUAGUAGUCAGCAGCAUUCUCCGGCUGAUGAACUAGACAAAAUGGAAAGCUCCUUGGUGGCCAGUGAGCUCCCUCUCCUGAUUGAAGAUCUGCUGGAACAUGAAAAGAAGGAACUGCAGAAGAAGCAGCAGAUGUCUGCCCAAAUGCCAGGGGGUUCCCAGCACCUCCAGUCCCACACUGUGUUGGCACAUUCUGCUCCCCCUUCCCAACCUCAUGAUGGGCAGCUAGUAAGCCCUCAGCAACAGCUUCAGUUGAGCAUUGUGGCUAGACCACAGGGCAUGGUGGGCAACCAGCAACUGAUGCAUCAGCAGCAGCAACAACGUCUGGCUGGUCCGCAGCAAAACCAAGGACUAGCACCACACCUGGCAGUGCCUCAGAACCAAUCUCAACUGCUUACCGCUCAGCAUGGCAUGCAGACAACUCACAGCCAACAGAACCAACAGCAGCUCUUAGCCCAGAAGAAUAUGCAAGGUGUCCAGCAGCAACAGCAGCAGCAGCAGCAGAUGAUGGGACUUAAGCCUCAGCAAAUUGUGAUGCAACAGCAGCAACAACAGCAACAACAGCAACAACAGCAACAGCAGUUGGCUAACAGCUUCUUCCCUGAUACUGAUCUAGAUAAAUUUGCUACUGAGGACAUCAUGGAUCCCAUUGCCAAAGCCAAGAUGGUAGCUUUAAAGGGUAUCAAGAAGGUCAUGGCGCAAGGCAGCAUCGGGGUUGCUCCAGGCAUGAACAGGCAACAAGUCUCUUUGCUGGCUCAGAGGUUAUCUGGAGCUUCAUCUUCAUCUGAAAUGACAAAUCACAUUUUACCUGUAACUGGAGGGCAGGAACGCAGCAAUGAUCCAGCACAGGCUCGUCCAAACCCUCCAACUUUUGCUCAAGGUGUCAUCAAUGAGGCUGAUCAGCGCCAGUAUGAAGAGUGGCUUUUCCACACCCAGCAGCUUCUCCAGAUGCAGCUAAAGGUGCUGGAGGAGCAAAUCGGGGUGCACCGGAAGUCCCGCAAAGCCCUGUGUGCCAAGCAGCGGACAGCUAAAAAAGCCGGUCGUGAAUUCCCUGAGGCUGACGCCGAAAAGCUGAAGCUGGUAACUGAGCAACAGAGCAAGAUCCAAAAGCAGCUGGAUCAGGUUCGGAAACAACAGAAGGAACAUACCAACCUCAUGGCUGAGUACCGCAACAAGCAGCAGCAGCACCAGCAACAAACCUCCACAGUCAUGGCCCUCAGCCCCUCCCAAAGCCCUCGUGUCGUGAACAAGCUUCCCGGCCAGUUGCUUUCUGCUCACGGCCUCCAGCAGGGGACACAAGGCCUGCCUGGUCAGGCAGGGGGCCUGCACCUCCCUCAGGCUGCGCCUGUGGCCGUGCAACAGGGCUUACCAUUCAUGAGCCAGCAACAGUCACCAUUGCCACCACCAUCCGGGGCCACCCCUGCCAGCAAUUUCUUUCCUGGCAACCGCCUAUUACAGGAGAGACAGCUGCAGCAGCAUAGACUGCAGCUGGCUCAGAAGCUGCAGCAGCAGAACUUCAUGGGACAAAUGACAAUGCAACAGCAGCAGCAGCAGCAAGGCAUGAUGGGACAGCUAUCUGUGCAACAGCAGCAGCAGCAACCACCCACCCCACAGCCAAAUCAGAACCUGCUCCCUAAGCAACAAGGGCUGCUGAACAGCCAGCCGGGAACUGUGGUCCAGCAACUCUCUCCGCAGCAACAGCAGCAACAGCAGCAGCAGCAGCAGCAACAAGUCAUACUAGGGCACUCCAUGCUGCAGCAGCAUCAGGGUAUGUUAGGCCACCAGGCUGCCCAGAGACCAAUGCUGUUGACUCCUCAGCAACAUCGCACUCUGGGUUGUCCUCAGCAGCUGGCCCAGCAGACUCAAGGGAUGAUGGGGCACCGGCUUCUUUUGUCUCCUCAGCAGCAGCAGCAGCACCAAGGGCAGGGCAUAGCCCCCGAGCCCAUCCAGCACUUUGCGCAGCAGGGGUCUCUGAACCAGCCGCUGCACUCAAGUCAGGGAAUGCAGUCAGCCCUGCCAGCGCAGCAGCAACAGCAGCAGGGCUUGGCUGUGAAGGAACAACAGGGAGGACCAGAAGGCUCCAGUGUCCUUUCCCAGGAGGGAGCAGUUGGUGUCCUGCAGCAGCAACAGCUUCGGCCCCAUUUAGGAGGUCAGGAGCUGGGAGGGCAGAUGAAUCACCCUGACCAGCAAGGGAUGCCCAGCCACGGAGCCCCUCCACAAGAGCAGUCCUCUCAGCUGAUGCUCCAGCAGCAUGGGGAACCACAGAAGCAGCCAGCUGAUAUGGGCCAAGCACAGCAGCUUCUCAUGGACUCUCAGCAGAAGAGCCUGUUGGGCCCUCUGCAGAUGCAGAUGCAGCAACAGCAGCAAAACAGUAACUUGCAGCAGCAAAGCAGCCACCUGCAGCGGACUCACCCAGGAAUGGAUGGUAUCUUGCAGCAAGAGGCGUCUCCUCAGCAACCGCCACACCACCACCAUCAGCACCGGGAGGCCACUCAGCCUCCCCACUUGCUCAAUCAGCAAAUGGAGCAGCAAAGCCAAGGGCAGAACACCAUGGCUCCACAGCAAAGGAUUGUGGUCCAAAACCUGGAACAACCUCCCAAAGGCUUACCGGGCCAACUUGCGCAACAGCAGCAGCGACUUCAAAGCCAGAACUUCCUGGCCAGCCCUGUAAUGGGUCAGAUCCGGGCUCAGCUUCAGGGAGUCAUCUCUAAAAAUCCACAGCUCCGGAACCUCACCCCUCAACAACAGCAGCAGUUACAGGCUCUGCUAAUACAGCGGCAUCAGCAGAGUUUGCUGCAGCAGAACCAAGCCUUGCGGCAAGGCAGCCCUUAUCCAGGGCAGGCCCAGGUGUCACUGGACCAGGGCCGGCCAGGUGCUCCUCAGCUUCCCCUCCCCAGCUCCAUGGGACAGCAGAUCCCAAGGCAGCCCCCUCUUGCCGUAUUCCAGUUUCGUCCAGAGCAGGGAUUUUCUGCCUCUACCGAGCAGCCGAAAGUCCCGGUGAACCAGCAGGUGGCCACCAGCCCUCACCAACAGGGCGCACCGAGGCCUCCUAUUUCUCAGACUCCCUCUGUUCCCUUGAGCGUCGCUGGUGUGGCCUCUCUCCCACCACAGCAGCCCAGCCCUUCAGAGCCAAAGAGACCAUCCCCUUUGCUCCUGGUGAAAAGCCCUGAACAGCAUCCAGCUCCCAGCCAGAAACACCAGCCAACCACUCCCAGUCCCCUGCUCUCUCCUAACCCGGCGCUUUUUGUUCCAAACACAAAGGAAGCGGCUCUUGGCCCCGGGAGCUUCAGAGACUCGGUGUCCCUCACCAAAGCGCCCACGGAGCCAUCGGCCGUCAAUGGGCAGACGGGGGAAUUGGCUUCCUUAGCUGCGGGAAAAGCUUUCGCCCAAUCGGGAAACCUUCCCCUUGUUUGUAUCAAACAGGAACCCAGGGAAGAGGUGACCCAGUGUGCACUGAUGAGUGGCCCCCAGCCAGUCAAGCGGGAAGCAAAUGGGGAGCCCGUCUCCCAUGCAGCUGCUGUGGCGGCCGCCGCCGCCGCUGUGCCCACUAAUAAUAACAGCCUCAGCCGCACUGAAGCUGGCCACCUCUUGCUACAGAAGUUGCUACGAGCCAAGAACGUCACGCUGGGGACUCCGCGCUCGGGCGACGUCAACGGGCACGUGGAUGGCAAAUUUGUUGGCGCGGAGGGCCGAUUGCAGAUGCUGCCAGAUGUUCGGGAGGAUGCCCUUGCAGCAAAGAAACUUCCCCCACCGAAGCCAAAACGAUCCCAGAAAGCUGGGGAGCGACUUGUCAAUUCCCGCAAGAAAUUGCGCAAGGAAGAUGGUGUGAAGUCCAACGAAGCCCUCAUGAAACAACUGAAACAGGAACUCUCUUUGCUGCCUCUGAUGGAACCAGUAAUCACCGCCAAUUUCAACCUCUUCCCUCCCUUUGGAAGCAGUCCAAUCAAUGGCAAGAGCCAGUUGAAAGGCACGUUUGGCAAUGCAGCCUUGGACAGCAUUCCAGAUUACUACUCCCAGCUGCUCACCAAAAACAACUUGAGCAACCCUCCAACACCACCUUCCUCACUGCCCCCCACACCCCCACCCUCUGUGCAGCAGAAGCUGGUGAAUGGCGUCCUGUCUUCUGAGGAGCUGACCGGGCAGUCCAAAGAGCCAGAGCUACCCCAUGAGCUUGAAGGACAGAAGGAUGCUCCCCCUGUGGAAGUGAAAAGCUUAGAUCUACUUGCAGCUCUGCCUACCCCACCACACAAUCAGACUGAGGACGUCAGGAUGGAGAGUGAUGAGGAAAGUGACUGCCCUGACUCCAUUGUCCCAGCAUCGUCUCCAGAGAGUGUCUUGGGAGAAGAGAUACCACGCUUCCCGUUGCUGGUUGGAGCCAAGUCUGAAGUGGAGGAGUGCCCUAUGUCCCCUGUCAUCCCCAUAAUUCCAAAGGCCAGCAUCCCAGCUUUCCCAGAUUCCAAACCCUACGGGACUGUAGAGCCAGUGGGAAAGGAGACGCCCGGCACUUCCUGGGACAGAGCCAAAGGGAGUGAGGUCUCUGUCAUGCUCACCGUGUCUGCAGCUGCUGCCAAGAACCUGAACGGUGUCAUGGUGGCAGUGGCAGAGCUUUUGAGCAUGAAGAUUCCCAGUUCUUACGAAGUGUUGUUUCCGGAGCGAAAUGUAACCAGUGAACCCAGGAAAAGUGAAACUGAUGCACAAAGCAAAGAGAAGCCAGUAGUUUCAAAGGGUCCUGAAGGUGGACCAGAGUGGCUGAAACAGUUUGAUGCCAUGUUGCCUGGCUACAGUCUCAAGAACGAACUGGACAUCUUAACUUUGCUCAAACAGGAGACUUCAGUUCCAGAAAAAGCUGCUCAACAUUGCUACAUCAACAACGUUGCCAAUCUGGAUGUCCGGCAACUCUUGACACUUCCCGAAGAACCGUCUCCUCCUCUGUCCCCUUUUGCACCCUCUCCACCAAGCCCACCCAAGAUUCCUGAGCCACCCCCUGAGCCCGAAGCACCACCUCCGGCUGCGACCUCCCCUCCACCUUCAUCUCCUAAAGAAGAAGCCCCUCAGUCUCCCCCUAAAGCCAAGCCUCGCUCCAGGCCCCUGGAAGAUAAUGAGGAGAGCAAGCCAAGGCUCAAAAAAUGGAAAGGGGUGCGUUGGAAACGGUUACGUUUCCUCAUCACCAUUCAGAAGGGUGGUACCAAGCGUGAUGGGGAGAGGGAGAUUGCGGAGUUCAUUGAGCGCUUGGCCACUAUUCUUCGGCCGGAGAAAGUGCCACGCGAUUUACGGAAGUGCUGCUUUUGCCACGAGGAAGGAGAUGGAGCCACGGACGGUCCAGCCCGCCUCCUUAAUCUUGAUCUGGACUUAUGGGUGCACCUCAACUGUGCCCUCUGGUCCACGGAGGUUUACGAGACUCAGGGCGGGGCCCUAAUUAACGUGGAAGUAGCACUGCACCGGGGCCUGCUCACCAAAUGCUCGCUUUGCCAGAAGACCGGUGCCACUAAUAGCUGCAACCGUAUCCGCUGCCCCAACGUCUAUCACUUUGCUUGUGCUAUCCGUGCCAAGUGUAUGUUCUUUAAGGACAAGACGAUGCUGUGCCCGCUGCACAAGCUCAAGGGUCCCUGCGACCAGGAGCUCAGCACCUUCACUGUCUUCCGACGGGUUUACAUCGAGAGGGAUGAGGUCAAGCAGAUUGCCAGCAUCAUCCAGCGCGGGGAGCGCCUCCACAUGUUCCGGGUGGGAGGCCUGGUCUUCCAUGCCAUAGGGCAGCUCUUGCCCCACCAAAUGGCGGACUUUCACAGUGCCACAGCGCUCUACCCUGUGGGCUACGAGGCCACCCGCAUCUACUGGAGUUUGCGGACCAACAACCGGCGUUGCUGCUACCGAUGCACCAUUUGUGAGAACAACGGCCGGCCAGAGUUUGUGGUUCAAGUGAUGGAACCUGGUCUGGAGGAUUUGGUCUUCACAGAUUCCUCGCCACAGGCUGUCUGGAACCGCAUCAUUGAACCGGUGGCUAUGAUGCGCAAGGAAGCUGACAUGCUGCGACUUUUCCCCGAGUAUCUAAAGGGAGAAGAGCUCUUUGGCUUGACAGUGCAUGCUGUUCUGCGCAUCGCAGAGUCCCUGCCUGGUGUAGAGAGUUGCCAGAAUUACCUGUUCCGCUAUGGACGCCAUCCACUCAUGGAGCUGCCACUCAUGAUCAAUCCCACUGGCUGCGCUCGAUCAGAACCCAAAAUCCUUACACACUACAAACGGCCCCACACUCUGAACAGCACCAGCAUGUCCAAAGCUUACCAGAGUACGUUCACAGGUGAAACAAACACACCCUACAGCAAGCAGUUUGUGCACUCCAAGUCUUCACAGUACCGCCGUCUCAAGACCGAAUGGAAGAACAACGUGUACCUGGCCCGGUCCCGCAUCCAAGGACUUGGGCUUUAUGCUGCCAAGGAUCUUGAGAAGCACACAAUGGUUAUUGAAUAUAUUGGCACCAUUAUCCGCAACGAAGUUGCUAACAGGCGGGAGAAGAUCUAUGAGGAGCAGAACCGAGGCAUCUACAUGUUCCGUAUCAAUAAUGAACAUGUGAUCGAUGCCACCCUUACGGGUGGCCCUGCCAGGUACAUUAACCAUUCCUGUGCGCCGAAUUGUGUGGCUGAGGUUGUGACUUUUGACAAAGAGGACAAGAUAAUCAUCAUCUCAAGUCGCCGAAUACCCAAAGGAGAGGAGCUGACGUACGACUACCAGUUUGACUUUGAAGACGAUCAGCACAAAAUCCCAUGCCAUUGUGGAGCCUGGAAUUGCAGGAAGUGGAUGAACUAGCUCCAAGGGGCUCUUUGACGAGGCAGAGGCCCACCCUGAUAACCUGGCACAGAUGGUGCCCUCGGCUGGGCGAGAGGGGGCCCUUUCUGCCAACUCUCCCAACUAGC